UCCACACAACGGACGAACCCUCCGUGAUGUCAGUGAGGACAUUACAGCAGGAGAUAUCCUUUGUUUGGACAUUUAGCUCAUGUCAGAGUUUGAAAGAAAUUCAGCCGAGCAUCGCUGUGUCAUUGGUUCACGGGGGAACCCCGACAUCGAAUGGCUGAUACGGAAUUGCUUUGCAAUGCCUCUGCCACUGGAAACUUAACCAAGGUGUUGUCUUUGUUGCAAAAUGGAGCAGAGGUCAAUGGAUGUAAUAUCUACAACAGAACUGCACUACAGGUGGUUAAGUUGGGCCACACCGACGUGGUUGAGGCUCUUCUUGAGGCUGGAGCUGACCCUAAUCUGCGUGACCCGGUCUUGAGUCUCACCGUGGUCCACGACGCCGCGCGUGAAGGUUUUGUGGACACUGCGUGCGUGCUGAUGCAGCACGGGGCAAACGUUAACCUGGUGGAUGAACAGGGUAACCUGCCGCUGCACCUGGCCGCUAGAGAGGGCCAUCUGGAGGUGGUCCGGCUGCUGAUUGGACGCACCGCUGACCCCCGACUGGCCAACAGCCUGGGAUACACAGCCGGGCAGCUGGCGCACCAGCACGGGAGGAUGGGCACAGCAGCAUACAUCGACCACUAUCUGAACUUCUACUAGUGGAAGAGGAUCACGACGACGACUGGAGUGUUACUGGCUUCUGACAUUCUGCACAUGCCUUGUUAACAUUUUUAACAAAUUAUCCAAUUCCACAUUUUCCAAAAUCCCACUUUGAAAAAAAUAAUUCUAAUUAUUUGUAAAAUGUUUUGGAUAAACAUUUUCUGUAGGGACAUUUGCAUGCAUGAGAGUGUGCAGAGGAAGGGAAGAGGAGGUACACAUAAAUAAAAAAACAAAAAGGAGCCAAUACACUAUAAUAAUUAGAUUCAUGAUUUUUAUACGCUACAUAAUUAGGCACAGCUAUAACAGCCCCAUCACAAGCCAUUCUAUCCCUUGUUUGUAAAUGGGACAGGCAAAGCAUUAGAAGCUCUUUUAAUAAACAUAGUUGAAUUAAUGUCAAAGCAAAAGCAGACUGCAUUCAAUGUUACAGGCCCAGAUGUACCUAAUAAAAUGACCCUAUUAUCAUUAUUUGAGAGCCACCAUGUAAACUUGUGUUUUGUCUGUGGCUUUAUAGUGUGACCAGUAACCACAGAAGGUCGUUUACACUCAGAAACGUUUAGAAACUAACUAUUUGUACUUUAACACUUUGGAGUUCUGAGUGUCCAAACGAGGCCUUUAUUAGAUUGAUAAUACUCAGAUUCUGACAUGUUGUGAAAAAGUAUCCAUUUAACAAAUUUAGCUCCUGCUGCAUUAGUAAUAAUCUGGUCUCCCCAACUGAAAAACACAAGACAAAUAUUAAAGGUAUAAAAUCUCUCCUCUCUCUCUCUCGUCCUGUGAAUGAUUAGCUUGUUAAUGUGACUGUAAAGCCUGACAUUACCAGUUGACUAAUUGCUGCUUGUUCCCAUUUAUGUGACGAGUUAUGUGUAGAUAAUUUUAACGUCAAGUUGGAAGCACCUCUAAAGUGUGACAUUAACUUAUGCUUUCCUGUUUUUGGGAAGACAGUAGUACCACAUGUUGUACGGUGGUUCCAUGUUCUUAUCAGUUUUGAAAUAAAAAAACAACUUAAAUAAAAGCACGUUUCUGAAAAUAACAAUUAAUACUUACCAAUAUUUCAGCUCAUUGUCUCAACCACAAUUCACUACCUGCUAAAAUGUAGGAAUACAUAUCUGCCUGUUUUACGACUCGCUUCAUUCCGUGAGCAGGUUACAGGGUUCAAGUCAUUCAAGUGUGUGACAAACUGCUAGAUGC